CUUUUUUGUGUAUAUGCAGAGCACAAAGUAAUCAUAGUGGGACUUGAUAAUGCUGGAAAGACUACUAUUCUUUACCAAUUCUUAAUGAAUGAAGUGGUUCAUACUUCUCCAACCAUAGGAAGCAAUGUAGAAGAAAUAGUGGUGAAAAACACUCAUUUCUUAAUGUGGGAUAUUGGAGGACAAGAAUCAUUACGGUCAUCGUGGAAUACCUAUUAUUCAAACACAGAGUUCAUCAUUCUUGUUGUUGACAGCAUUGAUAGAGAGCGACUUUCUAUUACAAAAGAAGAACUUUAUAGAAUGCUGGCUCAUGAGGAUUUACGGAAAGCUGCAGUUCUCAUCUUUGCGAACAAGCAGGACAUGAAAGGUUGCAUGACAGCUGCUGAGAUAUCUACAUACCUCACCCUGAGCUCCAUAAAGGAUCACCCGUGGCACAUUCAGUCCUGUUGUGCUUUGACAGGAGAAGGAUUAUGCCAAGGCUUGGAGUGGAUGACCUCUCGUAUUGGAGUGAGAUAGCUGCUUCCACCCGCCCCCGCCCCCCCCAAAAGGAGAGACUUCUAUUUAUCCUGUGAACAUGUACAUCUGUACUUUUGGCUGCUGAGGCAGUGACCAUGUUUAAUUUAUAUCAGCCAACCCCCAAGCUGUACUUGAAUCAAGUGCAGUUGAACUGAAACACAAAGUAUUUUCUUAACUUUUUUUGAUACACUAAUCUUCAACUGGAUCAACAUAUGUGAAUCUGUUUUUAAGCAUUGAAAUUCCUCUGAAUAUGUAUUCUAACUUUUUUGAUGAUAGCUUUUUAAAAUCAGUUUUGUCAUUGUCGAUAUUUCAUACUUCCUCUUUCUAAAUAGUUUAUAUAACUCACUAACAUAAAUGAGCGCAGUUUGUUUAAUAAUGAAAAAGUAAAGAGUAGGUUGACUUUACUCUGGCAUAGCUUUAGCCUCUAAGGAUAACUGUAUCUCCAGCUCGGCUUCCUGGAACAUCAGUAGAGUUCUAGCCAACAUGGGAGUUGAUAGUUAUGAAUGCAAAUUGUUAAAAGCUAGUUAUAGUUAAUAU